ACAGCGCUCUUUUCAGCAGAAUACAUCUCAGCAUUUACGGAAUUGUUAUAUCUUUCUUUUCAUAAAAAAACGUUGACUGAAGGAUCAUCACCUGUUGCUAUAAAAAAUGCAAUAAAAUUGUAAAAUAACAGGAAGAGAUGUACAAAGCGCAUUUGUCGACGAGAAAUUUUUUUUUUCACGGCACGGUUGUGUUGUAACGGUCAGAUAUUGAUUAGUGAACAAGCAAGACAUUUUUUAGGCUUCACCACACCCCUUGAGGGGGUUCACACUGAAUAUACUCUGUUCCCUACUCUGCGUACGUCGUACAGGUGUAAGGAGGAAAAAAAACGAAGGAAAUGAAGUCGCAAUCUUCGGAAACAUCGAAGUUGUCGCGCAGUUAGCUCGAAAACUAAAGAAACUUUUUCGCGUUCCGCGCGCGAUCAAGUCAAUUGCAUUCGACCUGACGAUUUCUCGCGGAGGAACAGCAGAAUGGACUUAAAUGAGGAGGACGAGAGCGGCAACGAUGGUGGCAGGCAGCUAUUUUUGGUCGGCGCUCCACGCGAUCCGCUUGUGUCAGCCGGUGCGAUCGUGGCUUCGGCCGCCGGUGUGUCCGACGACAUCAACCAGAGCGACGAUCUGCAGUCGACUGCCUUGGCCGGUCUGAUCGGCGCCGCGCAAUCCACCUCGGUUUGCUUCCCGACGAAAUUCACGUACGACUUUUCGGCCAGCCCGGAAAACGAGGAGAGGCCGUCCUGCGUCAUCGGCAAGAGGAAGCAGCGCAGAUACCGCACCACAUUUUCCAAUUUCCAGCUGGAGGAGUUGGAGCGCGCCUUUCAGAAGACGCACUAUCCCGACGUGUUCUUCCGGGAGGAGCUCGCAGUUCGUAUUCAGUUGACGGAAGCUAGAGUGCAAGUGUGGUUCCAGAACAGGAGAGCGAAAUGGCGCAAGCAGGAGAAGCAGUGUAAGAUCGCGACUCACAUGACGUCGCAUUUACCGCCUACGGAUUGCCAGGAGGUGCAGCAGCAACACCAAUCGCAACAGUCCGAUCACUUGCUACUGGAGUCACCGUGCAGUCCGCCUCCGAUAUACCUCGGCAUGGAAUGGGCGGGUUUUUCUCCUUACAACAACGCGGACAGCGCGUCGUCCCUUAUUGUGAGCAACAUGAGCAAGCCGCCAGAAGCAGAAGCCGAUAAUAACCCGCUGCUCGACCCGGAAUUACUGCAACUAAAACCUCCACGUUCCUAAUAAUAUUAAGAAUAUACAUAAGAAGACAAUAUAGAUAACAUUAUUCGAUAUGAAUAACACGCUUCCUGAGAAGUUUCUGCGCUAUUUGUUACUUGCAAUUAUUGUAAUCGCGAAUGCAUCCAAGAUGCACUUUCCGAUUGUUCAAGAGUUUUUAGACUGUUGCGUCGGAUUAUAUUGAAUUACACUUAAAAAAUAAGAAUUUUAAAGCAUGAAGAUGUAUAUCGUAUUGUUUAAAGAUACGCCACGCAGAGCCUUACUAUUUAUUAGAAGAAUCACACUGCGAUCACUCUUGGACUAAGAAUGGUGUUAUAUAUAUAGAUUUAUAUAUAUAUAUAUACAUAUAUAUAUAUAGAUUUUGUAAGAUAUAGAUAUAUAGAUAUAUAUAUGUAGAUACCGAAUUGUUCUAUUUCGGGCGAGUUAAGUAGAUCCUACGAAAGGAAGCAAUAAAUUUGUAUUACGUAUAAUAAAUUACUCUCUAUGCAAGAUGUGUUAUUCCAAAUAUAAAAUAGUAACAUCAUCUUUAUUCAGUGUGCAUAUAUUACAAGUCAGUAAAUUAAUUAAGAUAUUUAUUAAUCGAUUGAUCCUAGGAGCAAAUAAGCGAGCUAAGAUGCACUUCCCGAUUUUUCAAGCGCUGUGAUAAAUUCGCUUCGUGGGCCCUCACUGAGCAUUUCUCUUUUUCCUAUUUGAAGAAUUCGUUGAAGCGAAUUGUGUAAUUGAUAAUUGCCGAUCAUUUUCAACAAUUUUCAACGAAAUGUUCGAGGCGCAUCUCGAGUGAAAUAAAUUAGUGACAGAUGUUAAGAGGCUACGCGAUA